AUGCAGAUGUCCGGAGACUUAUCAACGAAGUGUCCGAGCCAAGAUGAGAAAUAUAUCAAUACGACCAACAUGAUUUUUGACGCUUUGAUCGUUGGAGGUGGCCCUGCAGGCCUGUCGGCGGCACUGGCUCUAGCACGGGUCCAACGCACAGCACUGGUCUUUGACUCUGGUCACUAUCGAAAUGAGAAAGUGACAGCCAUGCAUACAGUUCUGACGCGGGACGGCACACCACCAACCGAGUUCCGCCAGAUUGCCCGCAGUCAGAUCGAGGACAAGUAUCCCCAUAUCCAUUUCUCCAGGGCCAAAAUUCAUCAUGCAUCUCAUACCGAAAUAGGGGAUGGCUAUAUGGGAUACCAGGUAGCUGAUACUUACAAUGCUGUCUAUAAAGGGCGCAAGUUGAUUCUAGCCCUUGGAUCGCAGGAUGUGUUGCCUAUGAACAUCGAGGGAUACCAGGAGAAUUGGGCAUCGCAUAUUGCCUCUUCUGUGAUGGCCAUGAAAAGCGAGGCCAUCGUUGGCGUCAGACUUGAUGAGCGACCGAUUCGGCGGUUGAUCAACCAAGGGGACACCAUCGGCAUUGAAUUCAGAGACUCCCAGGCCGUCACAUUGAGCAUGCUUCUGCACAAGCCCCCAAUCAUUAAUCGAUCGCAGGCAUUGAUUGAUCAGCUUGGACUUGCAAAGAUGGAACACAGUGCUGAGGUGAUGGUCAACCAACUCUUCUGUGAAUCCAGUCUGCCAGGUUGCUUCGUGGCUGGCGAUGGGGGUCAAUUAGUGAAGCAAGUCGCCACUGCUAUGAGCACUGGAUUCCGCGCUGCCGGAGGCGUAUCAUUACAACUUUGUAACGAAGAGGGUGCCCGUGCCCUAGCUGCGUGGGAAAGGGAGAACGGAGAGGCACGAAUUCAGUCGAGGAUGAUGACUAUGGGAACCAGUAGCCUGGAAGAUCUGGAGAUCUCCGUUUGGAUUCGAUUUCAU